GUGAAGCUGACUGGGGGAAGGGUUCCUUUGCAGACAUCUGUACUGAACAUUUCCCCAAAUUAAAACAAGGCACGACUGCUGAUCAUGGAGACCCUGGCCAGUGCAAACACCCGCUUCGCCCUGGACCUCUUUAAGAAGCUCAGUAAUGACAGAAAAGCAGAGAACAUCUUCUACUCCCCCCUGAGCAUCUCCUCCGCUCUGGCCAUGGUAUAUCUGGGGGCUCGGGGGAACACAGCCGCUGAGAUGGCACAGGCCCUCCAUAGUGACCCUUCUGGAGAUAUCCAUUCAGGAUUCAGCUUACUGCUUGCUGAUAUCAACAAGCCAGGAGCCCCCUAUCAUCUGAGACUAGCUAAUCGUCUUUACGGAGAAAAGACCUGCAACUUCAUCAAGGAAUUUACUGAUGGCACCAAGAAGUUCUACGAUGCAGAACUGGAAACUGUUGACUUCAAAACUGCUACAGAAGAAUCCAGACAGAACAUCAAUUCAUGGGUUCAGGACCAGACACAGGGAAAAAUCCGGAACUUGCUGUCUGAACUAUUUGUUGACAAAGAAACAACAUUGGUCCUGGUGAAUGCUGUCUAUUUCAAAGGAAACUGGGAAAAGAAGUUUGAUGAAGAACUUACGAUAAAGAAAGAUUUUAGACUGAGCAAGAUAGAGAGGAAGCCCGUGCAGAUGAUGUUCCAGAAGAACAAGUUUAAAUUCACCUAUAUCAGGGAGGUACAAACACUCAUCAUUGAGCUGCCCUACGCUGGCAAAGACCUGAGUAUGAUCAUCCUCCUCCCUGAGAACAUUGAAGAUGACACCACCGGACUGGAGCAGCUUGAAAGAGAGCUGACAUACGAGAAACUCAAAGACUGGACCAACCCUGAAACGAUGGGCAAAACUUUAGUGGAGGUGACCCUGCCAAAGUUCAAGCUGGAGGAGACCUAUGACCUCAAGUCGGUUCUGAAUAGCUUGGGCAUGGUAGAUGCCUUUGACGUGAGCAAGUCUAAUUUCUCUGGCAUGUCAUCCAAUAAUGAGCUGGUGCUGUCGAAGGUGGUGCACAAGUCCUUUAUGGAGGUGAAUGAGGAGGGCACAGAGGCAGCUGGUGCCACUUCUGCCUCUGCAAUAUGGGGCCGCAGCGGCAGAGCAAGUUUUACAGAACAGUUUAUGGCAGACCAUCCAUUUCUUUUCUUCAUUUGGCAAAACAAAACAGGCAAUAUUCUCUUCCAGGGCAAAUUCUGCUCCCCUUAAAGUGUGCGAUAUUUACUAUUUUAUAAAAUGUUGUACUUUUCACUUUAUUAUUUGCAAACAUUCAGCUUCCAGUAUUAAGAUUUAAAAUUGCUAGCACUGAGAUUUGUAUGAUACAUCAACUGAUGUUGGUUUGUACUUGGCUUAAAUGUACUUGGCUUAAAUAGUGGGCACAGAACUGAAGGAAUGAAAUGCAAUUUUGUGGGAAGUGGACAGAUGUUAAAGGGCAUACUGUAGCUUUUAAAUUACAUUUUUACUGUGCUUACCUUCUGUGUGCACUCAUAGCUAAAGCAGCUUUUUAUAUACAAAAUAUUUGCAUCAGAAUGCUUGCAAACAUUAUACAAUGGUAUAGGGGUAGUAAAUAAAAUGUAAUUUGAAGUUAUAUACUCUUUAAUUUCUGAAUCCAGGACAAAAAAACUUAUUUAAAAGCAGUUCAUAAUUUCUUUAGAUGUGGUACAGUAUGUGUGUCUGUUUCCUGUUUACCGCUGUUCUAUUUUCUCAGAACUGUAGUUGAAUAUAACUGUAGAUGUUUUUUAAACCUGUAUUUAGUUACAUUAUUAUAUUACAUUUUUGUGAAAAUAAAAGUGAAAACUGUCAAAUGCCAUUCGGUACUGCAUGAUUAAUGGUCUAUAUACAGUAAAGCUUCUGCAAACAUGAUCAGCCUGAAUUGUAAAUACAAACUGGAUAAGUUCACCCUUUAUUCAAGACAG